AACAAAAACACGAACUGGAUUUUGAACUGGAGUGGAGUGGAGCUGGUUGGUAAACCACUUUGAUCGAAAGAUCAUCACAACAUGGACCCUGUAGCAAACGAGAAAAUAGACGGAGUUUUCCAUCCUGGAAGAAGCGCAAGUUUUGGCCGACCAGAUGAAACAGCUGUCCUCUCAGGAGCUGGGAGUCUUUACUAUGCAGAGGAUUUUCAACUCGUUUGUGUACACUGAGAAGACAUCAAACGGAGAGACAGAAGUGCAGCAGUUGGCCAAAAAGAUCCGUGAAAAGUUUAACCGCUACCUGGACGUGGUGAACCGGAACAAACAGGUGGUGGAGGCCUCGUACACUGCUCACCUCACCUCUCCGCUCACUGCGAUACAGGACUGCUGCUCCAUACCAACAUCUAUGAUGGAGUUUGAUGGAAACUUCAAUACCAACGUCUCCAAGACCAUCUGCUGUGACAGACUUUCCCCCAACGUCAACAGCCGAGCGUUCAACCCUGGACGGGACCUCAACUCAGUGUUGGCAGACAACCUGAAGUCCAACCCGGGGAUAAAGUGGCAGUACUUCAGCUCAGAGGAGGGCAUCUUCACGGUCUUUCCUGCACACAAGUUCCAGUGCAAGGGAAGUUACGAGCACCGCAGCAGGCCUGUGUAUGUGUCUGCGGUGCGUCCCCAGUCUAAACACAUCGUAGUGAUGGUGGACCACGGAGCGUCUGUAACUGACACCCAGCUGCAGAUCGCCAGGGACUCUGCACUGGUCAUCCUCAAUGCCAUAGAUGAACAGGACAAGAUCUCCAUUUUGUCAGUGGCAGAGACGGUUCGCUCCUGUUCUCUGGACCAGUGCUACAAGAGUCUGCUCUCUCCAGCCACCAGUGAGACCAAGAGGAAGAUGAGCACCUUCAUCUCCAACAUCAAGGCGUCGGAUGCAGCCACACAGCACGCAGCUGGCUUCCAGAAGGCCUUCCAGCUGCUCCGAAACACCAGCAGUCUCUGCAAACGGAGUACCACUACAGACAUGGUGAUCAUCCACCUAUCGUCCGGUAUCACGUCUCGAGAGUCGUCGGAGCAGGAGAAGAGAGCGACGCUCAGUGUGGUCCGAGAGGAGAACCGCCACCUCAACAAUUCGGUCAUGAUCCUCACAUACGCUCUCAUGAACGAGGGAGUAACAGGCCUGAAGGAGUUGGCCUUCUUGAGGGAUCUUGCAGAGCAGAAUUCUGUGAAAUACGGCGUCGACCGAUCGUCGGGCCGAGACCGCUCAUCUGGGUCGUCCUCGUCAGGAUCAGCAGGCGCUUCCAUGAUACCAGUGGUGAAGGGAAGCAUGAUGGUGCUAAACCAGCUGAGCAACCUGGAGACGACAGUGGGCCGUUUCUACAUUAACCUGCCCAAUCGCAUGAUCGACCUGGCCCGCUUCAGCCUGCCUUACUCUGACCCCAUGGGAGACGGGUUUAUUAUGACUGUGAGCCGGCCGUGUUAUUUCGGUAACCUGCUCCUGGGCGUGGUCGGGGUGGAUGUGAACCUGGCCUACAUCUUGGAGGAUGUCACCUACUACCAAGACUCGCUGGCUUCAUACACGUUCCUCAUUGACAACAAAGGUUACACCCUGAUGCAUCCGUCACUGACACGACCCUACUUGAUGACUGAGCCUCCUCUGCACACGGACAUUAUCCACUACGAAAACAUCCCAUUAUUCCCUGUUGUCCGGCAGAACAUCCUCAGCCUCCCUCUGGGCAGUCAGGUCAUUUCUGUCCCAGUCAACUCCUCUCUGUCCUGGCACACCAACCGACUCCGGGACAACAGCAAAGACGCAUACAACGUCAGCUACGCCUGGAAGCUGGUUCAGGACACGUCGUUCAUCCUGUGCAUCGUGUACGUGCAGCCGGAGAUCCCAGUGAAGCAUCUGAAGAACCUGAACACAGCUCCCAGCUCCAAGCUACUGUACCAUCGUUUAGACCUGCUGGGUCAGCCCAGCUCCUGCCUGCACUUCAAACAGCUUUCCACAGUUGAGUCCCCCACAGUGAUGUUGGCAGCUGGAAGCUUCUCCUCUCCCUACGAGCACCUCAGUCAGCCAGAAACAAAGCGCAUGGUGGAGCACUACACUGCCUACCUGAGUGAUAACACCAGGCUCAUAGCCAACCCAGGCCUCAAGUCCUCUGUCAGGAACGAGGUUAUGGCGACCAGUCACGUCACGGAUGAGUGGAUGACACUAAUGGAAAUGAGUAGCCUCAACUGCUACAUUGUGCGCCGUUACAUAGCAACGCCCAGUGGGGUGCUCCGGAUUUACCCAGGAUCACUGAUGGACAAAGCCUUCGACCCGACCCGCAGACAAUGGUACCAGCACGCUGUGGCUAACCCUGGCCUCAUCACCUUCACGGGACCGUACCUGGAUGUGGGCGGGGCGGGCUACGUUGUCACCAUCAGCCACACCAUCCAUGCCUCCAGCUCUCAGAUGGCUCCCGGUUAUGCAAUUGCAGUGAUGGGUAUAGACUUCACUCUACGCUACUUCUAUAAGGUCCUGCUGGACCUGCUGCCCAUCUGCAACCAGGACAAGGGCAACAAGAUCCGGUGCUUCAUAAUGGAGGACAGAGGGUACCUGGUCGCUCACCCCACUCUCAUUGACCCCAAAGGUCAUGCACCUGCAGAGCAACAGCACAUCACACACAAGGAGCCACUGGUGGCUAACGACAUCUUAAACCAUCCCAACUUUGUCAAGAAAAACCUGUGUAACAGCUUCAGUGACCGCACCGUGCAGCGCUUCUACAAGUUCAACACCAGCAUAAUGGGGGACCUAACUAACCUGGUCCAUGGUAGCCAUUGUUCCAAGUACCGUCUGACCCGGAUCCCCGGCACCAACAAACUUUGGGCCAGAGCCAAGCAGAGACGGGUGGGUGUGGAUGGGGGAGGGAGGUGGGGGUCACACUGGGUGACAGCGGAAUCGGUCCCGUCUCAGCUCAAGCCACCUGCUUCCCUCAGCCCGCUGGUUCUGUCCUCUAUGAAAUCAGAUUAA